CUGGUACGGCAUACACACACUGCACUGUAUAGUGCCUGCAAUCUGGUAAGCUUGCGGCCAUGAGCUAUGAUAAUCUCACUCACUCAAGCAGAGUGGUUAUCGCCCCAAUAGCGGCCUUCGUUUCGUAGAUUAGAGCCUCACAAGACAGGUGCCUGAUCAACGAGAAACCUCUCGAGGACUGGACAAAUGAACAAAAGCCCCCUAUUGCUAACGCUAUCCCAUAACACCACCUGUUGCCUGGGCACUCGCAUACCAUAAUUACUUAUUCACAUCGCUCCGUUCAUCGCGUUUCUUCCCCUCCCCUCCCCUCAUUUAUUGCCCGACCUUGCCUCUCACUUCCUUUCUUAGCAACAACCUUCCUUCAUCCCUCCCUGCCCUCUUGCUGCCUUCCUUCAUCUUCCUCUCAUAACCUCGACCGUGUUUCCCGUCAAACCACUGUUGCCACAACUUACUGUAUCUUACCCUACUUUACCCCAGCUUCUUCACCUUGCUCUCAUCCCCUAGAUUAAAAUGAAGCUCUCAACACCUCUCUUAUUACUAGCAGGUGCAUCAACAUGUGUAUCGGCCCAAUGGACAGACUACCUCAACAAGAUACUGAACACCGGGGGGGAGAAGCAAGUCCCUCUGAAAAAUAUGGAACCGGAGGACCACGUGGAAGAUCGUGAGGUACUCAUCGCGCGCCGAGUAAGGAGCGUCACUUCGGAGAACUGGUUGAGUCUCGUGCAGCCGAGCAGUGCAAUAACGGAGCAGGAGCAGAAAGAAAGUGCCGCUGCUGCUGAGGCUGUGGCCACAACCGCCACCCCGACCGAGUGGUAUUAUUACUUCACGUCUUCAGUUGUGAAUGGGACUAAGAACGUUACGUAUUGGGAUGGCGUUUUUAAUGAUACUGUCUACACGUUUGCAAAGGAUCUGGAUGUGAACUUUGGAAAGGUGGAUUGCGCGACCGAGGCUUCUAAAGACCUCUGUAGGGAUUUUUACAUUACAUCGCAGAUCAAAAUCCCACAGUUCUAUCACCUCGUUGCAUACCCGGACAGGUCUGUUGAGAUUCGCGAGCUUCCAUGGAACAUAACCACUAUCGGGGUUAAGGAUCAGGUCAACCAUUACACGCAGUUCCACUACAACGAGGAGUGGAAGAAGGUUGAUGCGUGGACUGGAGUUUUCAACCCCGUCAAUGGUACUUUUAAGGAUGUCAGGCCCUACGCUGGUAUAGCCUUGACAUACUACGAAUCUAUGCCACAAUGGGUCCCCAUGCUUCUUAUUAGCGUAGUCGGAAGGACCAUUAUGACAAGGGUCUCAAGGCGUACCACUGAGCCGACUCGUGCUGGCACACAGCCAAUCCCUCAAGCAACUUCAUAGACCCUUUUUUCUCUACAAUUGUUUAUUCGGGAGGUAGAGGAUUGGACGAAGAAGAGUUGUUUUCAUUCUAGAUGUAUGAUGGAUUUCAGAGAGAGAUGCUAUUGCUAUUGCUAUUUAAUGUACGCUCGUGACGGAAAAGCAGUGUUACGUGGUAUCCUUUUUUUGUAUUACGGGGCACAGGGGUAUUCACUUGGUGGAAAAGUAUGUACUUUUCUUUUUCUUUUUCUUUUUUCUUUUUUCUUUUUUAUUCUUGAUCUUUGAUCUCUUCAAUUUCAAUUUUUUUUUUUUCUCGCC